AUGGCAUUCAAUGGCAACACGGCCGAUUCAAAGACCGUGCUGUUCAACCUGCUCCUGUGUCUGCUCAUAUUUUACUCUCUUUUCUACAUGAUUGGGAGUGUGUGUUUCGGUGCCUUCAGGCUGGAUCACUUUGAUGGACUGAUUCCAUUUGACUUUAAGACCGAACCUACUGAAUCCAACUCCAAAUACCUGGUCAACCUCCUGUCCCUGGAGCUCACCUACUUUUGUAGUGGCCUUCUGUUUGCUGCCGUGGUGAGGAGGCGGGUUUGGGACUAUGCCCUCACCAUCACACUCCUCCAUGUGAUACUCACCAGCAUAGUAAUGUUGGAGUUUCCCCUGGUGUGGCAGUGGUGGCUGGCUUUAGGUAGCGGCUUGUUUCUAAUGAUUUGUAAUGGUCAGCUGAUCGCCUACUUCACGUGCCAAAGCGAGCAGAGCUAUGCCGCCUUCAGCUUAUACUGA